AUGAAUAAAGAGCAGUCGCCCGGAAAGCGACAGAUCCGAGUUCGCAUAACCGGCUUCGCAGAUCCUGGUUCGAGUCCCGGUACAUUAAACAAUUGGUUUUCUUCCAUAGACUUUUUGACAUUCAUACCUCCUUUAAUCGUGGCAGUACAAACAAAAGUUUGUACGGUGCCUCCCCAACCAGCAAAUGGCUAUCGACAAUUAUAUAGGUUGCAAUGCCAAUCACAAAAAAGUAAUUGCGACGUGCAGGAAGGUACAAAACUACCAGUUUUGUCUCAUAUAAUUUAUACCUGCAAUCCUGGAUACAAAAUAAGCAAUUCCGGUGAUGUAUUUUGUGAUCCAGAAGGAAACUGGUUAAAUAUUCCAGUUUGUACUGAAAUACGUUGCGAACCAUUGGCUUCAGCAUCAACAGACGCUGAUUGUAAAUUAAAUGGUCAAUGGGUAUCUUGCGAAUCUACUGUUUUACCUGGAACCACCGCAAAGUUAAAUUGUCGCAACAGUUAUCAGGAAGUUGGAAAUUUUUUAUCAAAACAAAGGAAUCAAGUUAUAUGUAAUAAUAUAGGCCAAUGGGAACCACAACCAAUACAAUGUUUCCCAAAAUGCGGUGUAGUUCCUCCAAAAUCAAAACCUCUCAUUAUAGGUGGAAAUGUUACUGACAUCUCUCAAUUUCCAUGGCACGCUACUUUAUACCGAGAAAAAACUAAAAACGGAUCGAAGGAUUUCAUAUGCGGAGCAACAAUAAUAAAAGAAAAAUUUCUUCUUACCGCAGCGCAUUGCGUCUACGACGAAACGAUUCAAUCGAUAAAUGACCCGAAUAAAUAUUAUAUAGCAACUGGAAAUGUUUAUCGUGACUAUGAUUCUAAACAGCACGAAAAACGAUUCGUUAAAAAGGCCAGAGUGAAAGACAUUUACGUUCCUUGUAAUUAUUUGGGUUAUGAAGGAAAUUAUGCUUGGGACAUAGCAAUUUUGGAAAUCGAUCAGCCAUUUGUAUUGUCGUCUUCGUUAUUACCGGCAUGUUUAAAUGAUGAUAUAAUUGAGUCUGGAUUAGGUGUAACUUCGGGAUUUGGAAGAACCGCUUUCGGAUCAUCCAGUUUUAUUCUAAAAUCUGUGUCAUUACCCUAUGUUCCACUUAGCGAAUGCAAAUCUUCCAAAAAUUCCCUUGAAUCUGUGAAGCUCAUAACGAUGGAUAAAUUUUGUGCCGGUUACACGAAUGGAACAGCUGUCUGCAAUGGUGACAGCGGAGGAGGAUUGGUUUUUCAAAUUGGAAAUUUAUGGUAUCUGAGAGGAAUCAUAAGUCUCUCUUUUGAUUAUAUACCAUUUGGUGGUACAACGAUUUGUGAUAGUCAUUCGUAUACUCUUUACACGCGUAUAUCUAAUCAUAUAAAAUGGAUCGAAGAUACACUUUUCCAAUUAGAAACAUCUAAAUCACUUCCUGCAUGUCGUGAGUCAACUAUAGCAAAUGUGACUACUACUAGUCCUGCUGAAUUAAUUCCAACUUCUACAAGCACUAUCACAUCUUCCCCAUCGAUUCGAAAUACAACUGUUUGUACGGUACCUCCCGAUCCUGCGAACRGUUAUCGUCUAUUGCACAAAUCUUAUUGCCAAACACAUGAAGACUGUGCUGUGGAGGAAGGUAUACAAUUAGUUAGCGGUUCUCUUUUGAUUUACACCUGUAAUCAGGGAUACGAAUUAAGCGGUACCAGUGAUGUAUUAUGUAGUCCAGAAGGAGAUUGGAUAAAUAUUCCUGUUUGUACUGAAAUACGUUGUACAUCUUUGGCUUCCCGAACGAUAUCUGUCGAAUGUAAAUAUAACGACGUAUGGACGUCUUGUGAAAAUGACGUUUUACCAGGAACCAUAACAAAAAUCAGUUGUAAACCCGGUUAUAAUAAAUAUCCGAGAGUACAAGCGGAUAACAAGAUGGAACUUAUUUGUAAAAGAGGAGGUUAUUGGUCAGAAGACCCAAUGGAAUGUCUUCCAGUACCAUUAAGAAGUUUGUGGGAAACGGCCGACCAGGAGUGGUGAUUCCAACAGGAAGUUUGUGGUUUUUUAUAGGUAUCGUUAAUAUACGUCUUGGUGCAAUAUCGUGCAAUGAUACAAGAACUUGUGAUUUAAAUGCUCUUUAUACAAGUAUUUGCGAUCAUUUUCCACGAAGUAGUUCAUAAAUAAUACACGGUGAUGGCUUCUUGUAUAAAAAAAUUAACUUUUAAAUGAUAGUCAGUAAUUAUUUAAUGAAUGAACAUUAUGUAAUUUUACAAAAGAAACGUUGCAAAUACGUUUCACAGAAAAACAAGAAAUUCAAUUUUCGAAUGAAUUUGAACCAGUUUAAUAUUCAAUGUAAAAAAAAAUAGGACAUUAUUUAUUAUAAAAAAUUGUAAUAUUGCAUUAGUUGAUAUAUAGACAAAUUCUAUUUCUAAAC